GCUGCAGAACAGUCGAUAGCCGGUAGUCAGUUGUAGUUAGCCUACUCGCAUAGCAGCGCUGGAAAGUUUUUUUUUUCUUUUCUUUUUUUUUAUCAUCAGAUAAGCAGUGGUGUUUGUCUUGUCUUAUAAAACCGCUACUGUUACGUAGCCACUGCAGUUCAAAAUAUGAGUUACCUUGACAGAUAAAAAAAGAAGCAUUUCCUUUAAUUAACAAUAUAUUGAAAGGUAAUAAGAAAAGCGCAGAUUUGGGUCUGAUAGAAACACACACACACACACACACUCACGCACACAAAGGGAUAUCCCACCUAGAGAUGUUUCUUCGUACCUUCCUGCACUGUCUGUGGAUCGGAUCCAUGACUUUAUGGGUCCAGGGUCUAGACUUUAAUUUCCAUGACAGCAAACAAAUAGAAGCAUAUUUGCAGUCCGUCAGCAAAAACUAUUCGACCUUCACAAACCUCUACAGUAUUGGAAAAUCGGUGCAAGGUAGAGAGCUCUGGGUCUUGGUCCUCGGAAAGUACCCAAUGGAACACAAAGUUGGGAUUCCGGAAUUCAAGUAUGUUGGCAACAUGCAUGGUGAUGAGGUGGUUGGCAGAGAAAUGCUGUUGCAUUUGAUAGACUACCUGGUGAAAAACUACAGGACAGAUUCCACCGUCACCAGGCUGAUUGACAGCUGUCGCCUUCACAUCCUGCCUUCGAUGAACCCAGACGGGUACGAGGCUUCGGCGCCCCCUGACUGCGUUUUCUCCAACGGAAGGUACAACAGAAACUACGUGGACCUGAACAGAAACUUUCCAGACACCUUCUCAACGGCUGCUUCCUCCAACGUGCAGCCCGAGACACAGGCAGUGAUGGACUGGAUCCAGAGCGAGAGCUUUGUGCUCUCUGCCAAUCUACAUGGCGGGACCGUCGUAGCCAGCUAUCCGUACGACAACAGCAACGGAGGAAGCGAGCUGGUUAACGGAGAGAGUCGCUCCCCAGAUCAUGACGUUUAUGUACAUCUUGCUAAAACCUACUCCUAUAACCACACUACAAUGCACACGGGCACUCAGUGUGGCUCUUCAACUUUCCCAGACGGAAUAACAAACGGAUACCAGUGGUACACUGUAAUAGGUGGCAUGCAGGAUUAUAACUACGUCUAUGGGCAGUGCUUUGAAAUAACACUGGAGCUGUCUUGCUGCAAAUACCCUCCCGCAGAUCAGCUCGCAGACUUCUGGCAGGAGAACAGAGCCGCCCUGCUGGCGUACAUGCAGCAGGUCCACCUGGGUGUCAAGGGCCAGGUCUUAGAUGUUGAUGGAAAUCCGAUUCCAAGCGCAGUGGUGGAAGUUCAAGGGAGGAACAACAUUUGCUCGUACAAAACCAACAAGCACGGGGAAUACUACAGACUCCUGCUACCCGGGACUUACACAUUUGUGGUGACCGUUCCUGGAAGCGAACCAGUGAAAAAGACUCUGCAAAUCCCGAACGGGCCGGCGAGCUUCUCUGCCUUGAAAUACGACUUUGUUUUUCCAAGCAACUCCCCUACCUCAGAGACUGUUGCUGCAGAAUCCUGCACCACCGCAGACCACAACACAGCAGCCUCACCUCAGGCUCUUCACUUCGCUAUCCUACUACCCCUAGCUGGGGCUGCAGCACUGAGUGCACUAGUCCACAGCUAGCUGAUAGGAGGGGGUAGUCGAUCUGCAAAAUCAGCAGUUGGCUUUGUUUUCGUAUACAUGCAUAGAGCCAUUGUUGCAGUGAUGCCCUUUCCACCACUGUCCUGGUACAGUUUAUCACAAUUCAGUGUGGGUUAAACUAAGGUCCAUGUUAGUAAAUACAAAGUCUGAACCAUUACCUUCGUUUAAUCCUCCGCAUCUGUAUUUAUAAACCGAUUCAGAAAAGAAAUUUCAAACCGUGUCGUCUCUGAGCUGUCUCUUUUCCUUGUUCGUUGUUGCUUUCGGAAGUCUCACUGCAUGAUGUGUUGGGGAUUCUCCUUUGGGAAUCCAAGCCUGCACAAUAUCAUCUUUUAACCAGAAUGCAUUUUUCUGUUUCUCUAUUUAAAAAAUAAAUAAAUAAACCAUCCACUUCUCAGCAGAUAAAUCUGUGUGUAGAUAAAAAUGUGCUCUGAAAUGUGUUCUCAGCAUAGCUGCAAAUACUAAACGAUAGACAAAUAAAUACAGCAAUACAUGGUUAGAAAACUUUAAAGGGCACUAGACCUAUGGAUUUUACAAGGGCCAAACUGUGUGUCUAUUUAUGAUAAAACAGAUCUUUGUAAACAAACAAACCAACAAAUAAAGUAAUAGCAACACUUUAGUUUAAGACUAAAAUAUGCAAUUUAUGCAAUCAAUCAUAUACCUAUACAUAGCAUUAUAUAUAAAUGUUUAUCUUUAUUAAUAAUAACAAUAAUAAUAAAUAAUAAUAAUAAUAUAUAAUAAUAAUAAUAAUAAUAACAACAACAGGCUUCAGCAAUACAGUGAGCAUGUAACUAAUGCAUUUAUAUGAAACCUUACAAUGAAUAUAUAAUAUGACACAAAGCUUUACAAUAGUGACAUUAAAAUGUCAUUGACGUGUGUGCCUUAACUCCCGGAAUGUCUGUCAGCCUGUUCGUGGUUUAGCUUUGUUAGAUCUUCCUAUGGCUGCUAAUCAGCUAACCACGAUCCCACAGUAAUGACAGUAAAUAAGAUUUGGGAUGGCCAUGAGGCUGGAGUUUGAGCUCUUCUUAAGAUUGCACGUUCAAGCAUCUUGUGCUUGAAGCGGUUGCUCCAGUUGCCUGAGAAGCGUGGGCUGACAAAUCCUUUUUUUUAAGCAAAAUCUUGACUUCUAGAAAGGGUAGCACAGCUAGGAAACAAGUUAUAAAGGAACAGCACACUGUGUCAAUUGCAGGUGUGCAGUGACACAGAGAUUUGAUCAGUGUGAAUCAGACAUUCUGGUUAUAGCUUUAGUUUCCCUUUUUGUACUGUUUUUAAUCUAUUUUUAUACACAGAUAUCUAAUUUGUACUUUGUAUUUUAAUGCCUCACAUGUUAAGAGUGUGCUGUAUGGAAUAAAUGUAAUGCAAAUGACAUCCUCCAACAGCAAGUUAAAUGAGGCUGUGUAU